AUGGUUUGGUCUAAAGUAAUCACACGCCGUUGUUUAUUGGAGUCACCAUUGGGUGUUCUUUUCUUCCGUGAAUCUUCUUCCACUUGGAAGGGCUUCCGGGAGGGGUUCUUUCUGGACCUCCUUUGCUCCCUCUUUCACGAACCGACGGCCGAUCGGUUCUUUCUGGUCAGGCGGGAGGAGUUGAAAGCUACAGCAGAUCGGCGCAAGCCAACACAGGAACGAUCUGCCAUCAUCGGGCACAAGAGCACCACAGGUGGAGUGGGAGACAUUGCUGCACGAUUGGCAGAAAUGUUUCCUGCCCUUCCAGCUGAUACCGUCCAGGGCGCCGUCUCCCAGCUCUUCCGCAGCAAUGCCGAGUGUUCGCGGCAGCAAUUGGCAGACAUGUCAUUAGCUGCGCUGCUGGAAAUGUCGAGCACCGGACCCCAGGCCGUGACCAGCUUUGAGCCAGUGUGCACAUCGGAUUGUGUGGAAAACGAAGCGGAGGCCAACCGACAGGUGGUCAUAGAGGAAGCACAUGAGGAGGCUGAUGACAUUUUGGAUGGCUUGCUGGCAGAUCUCUUCGGCCUCCCUGACGAUGAGAUGAAAGUCUGUGUCAAGACCUUGUGUGGCAUUCUGUCACGUGUUGUUGAGCAACCGUCUGAGUCCCUUGGCCCAUUGAGAUCAGUCGUUGUGCUCAAUGUUCUUCACACACUUGCCAAACUUGCCCUUAUUCCCCCAUGGAUGACUAAUUAA